AUGGAGCGCAAUCACAGUCCCAAGAGGCGGAAACUCGCAGGAGGUUUCCAUUCUGCGCAACCCGAUCCGGGCGAUGAUCUGGGCCCGUCCCUCAAGCCUCAAUCCGCAUCUAAAGGUCGCUCACAAAGGCCGUCCGACAGAAACCAGAGGCUCUCGCCCCGUUCACGGCCACACCAACAGGAGUUUGAUGGCCCGGAGCCUUUCUUCAACGAUGAGGACACCGCAGCUAUGGACCGCGACUGGUACACCGGAGACGAGUUUGGCCACACCUUCGGCGAUGAGGCGCAUAACCCUUUCGGUGGAGCGGAUGCUACUUGGGCAGACAAGCAACGCGAGCAGGCGCUGUUGGACAAGAAAUUGGGCAAGAGGAUGACGGCCAAGGCGGCGCAGAAGCAAAAGGAGGUUGACGCUUGGGAAGCCAACCGCAUGCUCACAUCGGGAGUUGCGCAAAGGCGGGAUCAAUUUCAGGAUUUUGAUGACGACGAUGCUGUCAGAGUACAUCUAUUGGUGCAUGACCUCAGGCCUCCAUUUUUGGACGGGAAGACCGUUUUCACAAAACAACUCGAACCGGUGCCAGCAGUGCGUGACCCUCAGAGUGACAUGGCCGUCUUCAGUCGGAAGGGGAGCAAGGUCGUUCGAGAAAAGCGACAGCAAAAAGAGCGACAGAAACAGGCACAGGAAGCCACAAAUAUUGCAGGUACCGCUUUGGGCAAUAUAAUGGGCGUGAGAGAAGAUGAGGGGGACAGCGCUGCUGCGGCACCGGGCGAGGACAGCGGCAAGAGCAAAUUUUCGACCCAUCUCAAGAAGAGCACUGGGAGCUCUGCAUUCAGCAAAAGCAAGACAUUAAAGGAGCAAAGAGAAUAUCUGCCAGCGUUUGCUGUGAGAGAGGAGCUAAUGCGUGUCAUCCGAGACAACCAGGUCAUCAUCGUCGUUGGCCAAACAGGCUCGGGGAAAACGACACAACUGACUCAAUUCCUCCACGAAGAGGGUUACGGUAAUCAUGGCUUGAUAGGUUGUACACAACCUCGAAGAGUUGCUGCCAUGAGUGUCGCGAAGCGGGUUAGUGAGGAGAUGGAAGUCGAGUUGGGCGGGCUGGUGGGAUAUGCUAUUCGUUUCGAGGACUGCACAAGCGACGAGACGGUGAUCAAGUAUAUGACGGAUGGCGUACUGCUUAGAGAAUCCCUGACUCAACGAGAUCUAGACAAAUACUCAUGCAUCAUUAUGGACGAGGCUCACGAACGGGCUCUCAAUACCGAUGUCCUGAUGGGUCUGAUCAAAAAGGUUCUUGCACGACGCCGAGACUUGAAACUGAUUGUUACAUCUGCCACUAUGAACUCGGAGCGGUUCUCUCGCUUCUAUGGAGGAGCACCAGAAUUCAUCAUCCCUGGCCGCACGUUCCCAGUUGACAUUCAGUAUUCACGCUCACCGUGUGAAGAUUAUGUGGACAGUGCCGUCAAGCAAGUUCUCGCCAUUCAUGUCUCCCAGGGCGCCGGAGACAUUCUCGUCUUCAUGACAGGUCAAGAGGACAUCGAGGUAACUUGCGAGUUGAUUGAAGAGAGACUCCGCCUGCUAGUGAAUCCUCCGAAGCUCAUGGUGCUGCCAAUAUAUUCCCAAAUGCCAGCGGAUCUCCAGGCAAAGAUUUUCGAUCCUGCUCCGCCUGGUGUCCGUAAAGUCAUUGUUGCCACCAACAUCGCAGAGACCUCCCUGACAGUGGAUGGGAUCAUGUACGUUGUCGACGCUGGGUACUCCAAGUUGAAAGUUUACAACCCCAAGAUGGGAAUGGACACGUUGCAGAUCACCCCUAUCUCGCAAGCCAAUGCCUCUCAGCGAGCUGGACGCGCUGGCCGCACCGGACCUGGCAAAGCGUUUCAUCUGUACACUGAGCAGGCGUUCAAGAACGAGUUGUACAUUCAGACGAUUCCUGAGAUCCAAAGGACGAAUCUGGCAAAUACGGUGCUGCUUCUCAAAUCACUUGGUGUCAAAGACUUGUUGGACUUUGAUUUUAUGGACCCUCCGCCGCAAGACACAAUUACCACCUCACUCUUCGACCUCUGGGCCCUCGGGGCGUUGGACCACGUUGGCGACCUGACAACCAUCGGCCGCACGAUGACCGCCUUUCCGAUGGAUCCUUCGCUGGCGAAGAUGCUUAUCACAUCCUCUACCGAAUACGGCUGCAGUGAGGAGAUGCUCACGAUUGUAAGUAUGCUAUCUGUGCCGUCUGUGUUUUACAGACCGAAAGAGAGGCAAGAGGAGUCGGAUGCGGCGAGAGAAAAGUUCUUCGUGCACGAGUCAGAUCAUCUAACGCUUUUGCACGUGUAUACACAAUGGAAAAGUAACGGAUACAGUGACGGUUGGUGUGUUCGGCACUUCUUACAUCCCAAAGCACUGCGUCGUGCAAAAGAGAUUCGGGAGCAAUUGCACGACAUUAUGGUUGGCCAGCAGAAAAUGGAGCUCGUUUCGUGUGGGACAGACUGGGAUAUCAUACGGAAGUGCAUAUGCUCCGGAUACUAUCACCAAGCUGCCCGCCGGCGAGGAGUGGGAGAGUACCUCAACCUACGCACCAGCGUCACUGUCCAACUCCAUCCCACCUCGGCUCUUUACGGGCUUGGGGAUCCGCCGGAUUAUGUCGUCUACCACGAACUGAUCUUGACCAGCAAGGAGUACAUGAGUUGUGUUACUGCGGUGGAUCCACACUGGCUGGCAGACCUUGGUGGUGUCUUCUACAGCUUGAAGUCGAAGGAGUACAGCGCCAAGGAUAAGAGGAUCAUUGAAAGUGAGUUCAACCGCAAGAUGGAGAUCGAGAGACAAAUGGCCGAAGAUCGGGCGAAAGAGGAGAGAAGGCGCCAGGCAGAUGAAGAGAAAGAGCGCUUGUUGAUCGGAAGGGCCAAAAGUGGCGGCACCGUGGUUAAGAAGAUGGGCAGCAAUGGAGUGGUCAAGAAACCGAUAGUCCCAAGGAGGCGGAUGGGAUUUUGA